AUGGCGAAGGUGCUCGGUAGGGUGAUUUCUAAAAAGUGUAGUGAGGGCUUAUGGAAGGGCAUUAAAAUUGCUGAUGGUGUGAAUCCACUUUGUCACUUACAAUUUGUCGAUGAUACUUUCCUUGCGGGAGAUGCAUCUGCCAGAGAAGCUCGGGUUAUUAGGAGGACUUUGGAUGAUUAUGAACAAGCGUUUGGGCAGCGUGUUAACUGGUUUAAAUCUGAAAUUUUCUUUUUUAACACAGAGCCAACUAAGCAAAGGGAGAUUUGUAGAAUUUUGGGCAUGAGGUUGGGGAAUCUUCUAAGUAAAUAUUUAGGCAUUCCACUUUUUGGUGGAGCAAAUAAAACUGAUUUAUGGAAGAACUUGGUUGAUAGUUGUCUAAGCAAAUUGGACGGAUGA